AUGCCUCAGCCUGCGGUGGACUACUCCCUCUACCUGGUCACGGACUCGACCCCCGCGAUCCUCGGCGACCGCGACCUCGCUGACGUCGUCGCCGCCGCCGUCCGGGGCGGCGUCACCGUCGUGCAGUACCGCGACAAGACGAGCGACACGGGCGCCCUCGUCGCCAACGCCCGCAGGCUGCACGCCAUCACCCGCGCCGCCGGCGUCCCGCUGCUCAUCAACGAUCGCGUCGACGUCGCCCUGGCCGUCGGCUGCGAGGGUGUGCACAUCGGCCAGGAUGACAUGGAACUCACUGCGGCGAGGAAGAUCCUCGGGCCGGACGCCAUCAUCGGCGUCACGGCCAGCACCAUCGAAGAGGCCCUCAAGGCGUGCGAGGACGGCGCCGACUACCUAGGCAUCGGCACCGUCUUUGCGACGUCCACCAAGGAAAACACAAAGCACAUCAUCGGUACCGCGGGCCUCCGCGCAAUUCUCUCUGGACUCGCCUCGGCCGGCCACCUCCCGCGCGUCAAGACCGUCUGCAUCGGCGGCAUCAAGCCCUCCAACAUCCAGCGCGUCCUUUACCAGUCCGCUCCCGAGUCACCGGCGCCCCCCCUCGAUGGCGUCGCCCUCGUCAGCGCCAUCAUCGCCGCCCCUGACCCGGAAUCAGAGUCCCGCCGCCUGCUGGAGCUCGUUAGGACCAGCCCCUCGUACCGACAAAUCGUCUCUUCGUCGUCGUCGUCAUCUGCUACCGCGGACGUCGCUGAGAUCCUCGCCCGCGUCCCCGCCGUGAUCAAGGCUGUCGCCUCCGCCUCGCCCCUCUCCCACAACAUGACCAACCUCGUCGUCCAAAACUUCGCCGCCAACGUCGCCCUCGCCGUCGGCGCGUCCCCGAUCAUGGCCAACUACGGCGAGGAGGCCCCCGACCUCGCCCGCCUUGGCGGCAGCCUCGUCGUGAACAUGGGCACCGUCACGCCCGACGGCAUCGCAAACUACCUCCAAGCACUGUCCGCCUACAACGCCGCCGGCCGCCCCGUUGUCUUCGACCCCGUCGGCGCCGGCGCCACCUCCGUCCGCAAGGCGGCCGUCAAGACCAUCCUCGCCGGCGGCUACCUGGACCUGAUCAAGGGCAACGAGGGCGAGGUCUCGACCGUCUAUGGGCAGGCGGCGCUGGAGCAGCAAAAGGGCGUCGACUCGAGCUCGACACUAUCGCACGCGCAAAAGGCGACGCUCGUUAGGGAUCUUGCUAGGAGGGAGAGGAACGUGGUGCUCCUGACGGGCGUGACGGACUAUGUGUCCGACGGUGAUCGGACGUUUGCCGUCGACAACGGCCACGAGCUGCUGGGCCAGAUCACCGGAACGGGCUGCGUACUAGGAACGACGGUGUCGGCCAUGUUGGCGGCCUGGGAGGACGACCGGCUGCUCGCUGUCUUGGCGGGUCUGUUGCAUUUCGAGAUCGCCGCCGAGCAGGCUGCCGUCAGGGGUGACGUGCAGGGCCCAGGGACGUUUGUGCCAGCUUUCAUCGAUGAGCUGGCGAGGAUACGGAGGUUGACCGUUGAAGGGGAUCUACAAUGGCUGUCAGGGGCUAAGGUGAAGGCCAUUAAUGUCGAAUGA